GACAUGAUAUCAUGCUGGGGUGGAUAGGGAGGAUGAAUUGGCGGCGGGGAUAAAUUUGAGCUGACGGAAGCAGGCGUUCAGAGAGGAAAGGGGGGAAAAGGAAAGACGACCACAGUUCCCAUCAUGCCUGGAGGGGAGACUACAUCUCCCGUGAUCCCCUGGGAAGGGGCGUGAGGACGAAAGACUGCAAGUCCCGCGAUGCUCUUGGCGGGCAGGUGCCGGAGAUUGAACCGGAAGACGCUUCCCGGGCGUGUGUGGAGUUCAGUGACUGUUUUUGAGCAACUAAAAGUCCAAUAUGAAACUGUAUUGCCUGUCCGGGCACCCAACCUUACCAUGCAAUGUGCUCAAAUUCAAAUCAACCACGAUUAUGUUGGACUGUGGACUGGACAUGACUUCCACCCUCAAUUUCCUUCCUUUGCCACUUGUUCAAAGUCCCAGGCUGUCUAAUCUUCCUGGCUGGUCCCUAAAGGAUGGAAAUGCUUUCUUGGACAAGGAGCUAAAGGAGUGCUCGGGUCAUGUAUUUGUGGAUUCUGUGCCUGAAUUCUGUUUACCAGAGACUGAGCUAAUAGAUCUGUCUACGGUGGAUGUGAUCCUCAUCUCUAACUAUCACUGCAUGAUGGCGCUGCCCUACAUCACCGAGCACACUGGAUUCACAGGCACAGUAUAUGCCACAGAACCCACUGUUCAGAUAGGCAGGCUUCUUAUGGAAGAGCUGGUGAAUUUCAUUGAAAGAGUGCCAAAGGCUCAGUCUGCCUCCUUGUGGAAGAAUAAGGACGUACAGAGGCUGCUGCCGUCCCCUCUCAAGGAUGCAGUGGAAGUGUCAACCUGGAGAAGGUGCUAUACAAUGCAAGAGGUGAACUCUGCCCUUAGCAAAAUCCAGCUGGUGGGAUAUUCUCAGAAAAUUGAGCUUUUUGGUGCAGUCCAGGUGACUCCUCUAAGCUCUGGCUAUGCCCUUGGAAGCUCCAACUGGAUCAUCCAGUCUCAUUAUGAGAAAGUAUCUUACGUCUCUGGAUCCUCCUUGCUUACCACACAUCCCCAGCCAAUGGACCAAGCUUCUCUCAAAAACAGUGAUGUUCUCGUUUUGACGGGCCUUACCCAGAUUCCCACUGCAAACCCCGAUGGCAUGGUGGGAGAGUUCUGCAGCAACCUAGCCCUGACAGUCCGGAAUGGAGGAAACGUGUUGGUCCCCUGCUACCCUUCUGGAGUGAUCUAUGACCUCCUGGAGUGCCUGUACCAGUACAUCGACUCAGCCGGACUCUCCAGCGUCCCCCUGUACUUCAUCUCCCCCGUGGCCAACAGCUCACUUGAGUUUUCUCAGAUUUUUGCUGAGUGGCUUUGUCACAACAAACAGAGCAAGGUGUAUCUCCCAGAACCACCUUUUCCUCAUGCAGAGCUCAUUCAGACCAAUAAGCUGAAACACUACCCCAGCAUCCAUGGAGACUUCAGCAAUGAUUUCCGACAGCCGUGUGUGGUGUUCACUGGGCACCCUUCCCUCCGGUUUGGGGACGUGGUCCACUUCAUGGAGCUCUGGGGAAAAUCUAGUCUCAACACUGUCAUAUUCACAGAACCGGACUUCUCCUACCUGGAGGCCCUGGCUCCCUACCAGCCGCUGGCCAUGAAGUGCAUCUACUGCCCCAUUGAUACGCGGCUGAACUUCAUCCAGGUGUCCAAGCUGCUUAAAGAAGUGCAGCCCCUGCACGUGGUCUGUCCUGAGCAGUACACCCAGCCACCCCCAGCCCAGUCCCACAGGACAGACCUUGUGAUCGACUGCCAGCCCCCAGCAACGUCCUAUCGGCGGGCCGAGGUCCUCACCCUGCCCUUCAAACGUCGGUACGAGAAGAUCGAGAUCAUGCCGGAGCUCGCAGAUUCGCUGGUGCCUAUGGAGAUCAAGCCUGGCAUCUCCUUGGCAACCGUCUCGGCCGUGCUGCACACUAAAGAUAACAAGCACGUUCUUCAGCCCCCGCCCAGGCCCGCCCAGCCCACGAGUGGUAAGAAGAGAAAGCGCGUGAGCGAUGACGUUCCGGACUGCAAAGUUCUGAAGCCUCUGCUGAGCGGCUCCAUCCCUGUGGAGCAGUUUGUGCAGACCUUGGAGAAGCACGGCUUCAGCGACAUUAAGGUGGAGGACACCGCCAAGGGCCACAUUGUCCUGCUCCAGGAGGCCGAGACGCUCAUCCAGAUCGAGGAAGAUUCCACCCACAUCAUCUGUGACAAUGACGAGAUGCUCAGGGUGCGACUGCGGGACCUUGUGCUCAAGUUCUUACAGAAGUUCUGAGCGGGACCUCCGAGCCAUCCCACCUGCCUAAAAUCCUACAGUCCCUCACUGCGCGGCCCAAGCCCUCCGAGGAAGGGACAAGAGGCUGCUGGCCGUGUCCUCGGGCUUAAGGAAUGAAGACGUGUCUCUGCAGGGAACUAACCUGGAGCGAAGGCCAGGAUCGUGGUCUGGAUUCCUCGCACCGUUUCAGGCAAGAACUUUCCCUUUUAACUUUGGGCUCAUCACUGUCUUCUCGACUCCGGCUCUCUGGAGGAGCCGCAGGGCAGCGUGAGUGUGGCAGAAGCAGCUUUCCGAGAGGCCAGUGCCGGGCGGGGAAGUGAAAAGAUGACGCCCUUGUCCUCUGAUGUGGGGUGUCUGUUUCCACGGUGCACAGGCCUUGGGCUGGGGAACUGGUCUUGGACUUCAUUCACUCGCCCGCAGGGCUGUACCUAACAAGAGAGGAGCCUCCAAAAUUAGUAAGAUGGACUCAUCCAUCUGUCUUUUACACUGUGAGCCCAUUUUGCUAUUAAAAACUUAUUUUUUAUAGAAGUAUCCAUGUUGAACCUAUGAUCAAUGUACUGAUUUAGUAGCUGAAAAAACAGAAUAUACAGAACAACAUGAACUUAGAAAACACCAUAUCAAAUAUGUGUACAUUAAAUAAGAUAACCCACCCCUGUUUACAAUAAAUACAGACAUGUUUCUUCUUAAAUUAUAUGACAAGGUGCUUACCUUUAAGCUCGGCCUGCAUACAAACAAACAGUGACGCAGGUCAAUGGCACCAGCCCCGACCUUCACAGAGGGCCCAGCAGGCAGCUCAGGCUGUGCUAGUUGGUGGCUGCCUCCCCCCAGCGCCUCGGUCUCCGCAUUAAACCCAGCGUCACACGCAGUAGCCACGGGCCCCCUGGGAGUAGGAAGGUCUUAGAGAAAACCUCUCACAAAAGAUUACUGCAUUUGAAAUAGUUACCACAUGACAUCUAAUCUUAGACGGCAUGAGUUGUGACACACAGGCCAACUUGGCAAGUAUUAGAAUGUGGUCAGUGAGGUGAGAACAAGUCUUAGACGUGGUGGACCCAGCUCUGCCUGCUGUUCUUAGCCCGAAGUCAGUUCUCGAACUCAGCCGACGGCUCAGCAUCAUGCAGGGAUUGAGCGACCAAGAAACAUGUGACAAGAACUAUAGAACUAAUUGCUCAGGUUUUAUGGAGCACUGAUUAUCAGUUCUCUCGGAAUGGUAUCAGCGGGAACGUAGUGUUAGAGGAGGAAAAAGCCACUUUAUGAGUCACUCCAAUCAAGGGUCCUAGGACAUGUUAGAGAGUAAACUAGGGGCCAAGACUGACACUGCAG